CCUCUUCAACAGCAGUGUGUUUAGUCCAGAGAAGCCGCGCUGUAAAAUAGUGAAAAUCUAAAUGUGCAUCCACCGUUAUUAUUAUUAUUAUUAUGCUGUCGCCAACGCGCAAAGUGUCCACUAGACAAUAAGUAAUAGAGCGCGAGUGUGUUCCAGCGUGUUUGUUAGUGUGUGUAAUUGUUAUUAUAUUUUAUUAUUCCUGCCCCUUGGGAAAUCCGAUUACAAUUUGCAGCAAUAACGAAACAAGUCAACAAAAACAAAACAACAAGCGCAACAUACCUGCAUAUUGCUCAACCGCGUGUAUUUAUCAACAAGCUCUAGCUACAACAAGUCGGCUGGCCGCGGGGCUUCGGCGAAUAUAACAUCAAAACAAACCCCUUUCUCAGUCGCCAGUCAGUAGCAGCGACACGCGUAACCAGUAGAAACGGCGUGUCAUCCGGUCCCAAUUCCGCCCAGUUAAGAGAAGUCUAAGUGCAGGUGCCGCCGCGCUGCCCACCCCAAAAAGUCGCCUUUAUGAAUAAAAUCUACACGACCGAGGAAAGGAAAAUCAAACGAUCGAUAUCAUCGUCCAUAAUGAAGAUGAGCCGAGCCCACAGCCAGCAGGACCAGACGAACAUUCCGCUGAUCGUGACGACGAACGAGGUCGGUGCCAAGCCGAGCUCGUCGACGGCCAUGAGCCUCGAUUCGGCCUUUAAAACCAAAUCCUGCCGGAGCUUCGUGCGCCAGUCCAAGCUGGGCAGCGAGCAUCGGAACAAGUCGGUCCCGCAGAAUCUACAGCAGGCGCAGGAAAAGUGGUCCAGCGUCCGGCUCAGCUCCGAUGCCAAAAAGAGUCAGGUCAAGGUGGAGAAUCACAUCUCCACCCACUCGAAUCUGAACCUGAACGGGCUGAGCGGGGAUAAGGUCCUGUCGCUCGGAGCCGACGUCCUGCCGGAAUACAAACUACAGAGUCCGCGGAUCCACAAAUGGACAAUACUGCACUACUCUCCGUUCAAGGCGGUGUGGGACUGGAUAAUAUUAAUACUAGUUAUGUAUACAGCAAUAUUUACUCCGUACGUAGCAGCAUUUUUGCUGGGAGAACCUGACUUUAAUCAAAGGAAGAAUCGCAAAUACGCGGACGACCCAAUUGUGAUAAUUGAUUUAAUAGUUGAUGUAACAUUUGUCAUAGAUAUAUUAAUUAAUUUUCGAACGACGUUCGUCAACGGACAGGACGAGGUAGUCUCGCAUCCUGGCCGGAUAGCGGUGCAUUAUCUGAGCGGCUGGUUUCUGAUCGACCUGGUGGCAGCCAUCCCAUUUGAUCUGCUCCUGGUCGGAAGUGAUACGGACGAGCUUGGCUUGGACAAAGAUGAGACAACGACUCUGAUUGGUUUAUUGAAAACGGCACGUCUAUUGCGUCUAGUGCGAGUGGCGAGAAAGAUCGACCGCUAUUCGGAAUAUGGCGCUGCUGUUUUAGUAUUACUGAUGGCUACCUUUGCACUAAUCGCUCACUGGCUGGCUUGUAUUUGGUAUGCGAUAGGAAAUGCCGAACGACCGUUUAUGAAAAACAAAAUCGGAUGGCUGGACGCACUAGCUGAGGCCACCCAGGAGUACUACUAUCCGAACAACACCGGUGGAGGUCCGUCGAUAAAGUCACGAUAUGUGACCGCACUGUACUUCACCUUUACCUCGCUAACGUCGGUCGGAUUUGGCAACGUGGCACCGAAUACGGACGCCGAGAAAAUAUUCACGAUAUGCGUGAUGCUCGUUGGAUCUCUCAUGUACGCCAGCAUCUUCGGUAACGUUUCGGCCAUCAUUCAGCGGCUCUACUCCGGAACGGCACGGUAUCACACGCAAAUGCUGCGGGUGAGGGAGUUUAUUAGAUUUCAUCAGAUUCCAAACCCUCUAAGGCAACGGCUGGAGGAAUACUUCCAGCACGCAUGGAGCUACACCAACGGGAUCGACAUGAACUCGGUGCUGAAGGGGUUUCCCGAGUGCCUGCAGGCGGACAUUUGCUUGCACCUGAACCGGAACCUGCUCAACAACUGUUCGGCCUUCAUCGAUGCCAGCCCCGGAUGUCUGAGAGCUCUUUCGCUAAAGUUCAAAACGACUCACGCCCCUCCGGGAGAUACGCUGGUCCACAAGGGGGACGUCCUGUCCCAUCUCUACUUCAUUGCGAGGGGCUCCAUAGAGAUACUGAAGGACGACGUAGUUAUGGCGAUAUUAGGAAAAGAUGACAUAUUCGGCGAGAAUCCCUGCAUCCACACGACGCUGGGGAAAUCGAACAGUAAUGUUAAAGCAUUGACUUAUUGUGAUCUACAUAAGAUUCAUAGAGAUGACUUAUUAGACGUGUUAGAUUUAUUUCCGGAAUUUUAUGAUAGUUUUGUAAAUAGUUUGGAAAUUACGUAUAAUAUGCGAGAUGAGGAACAAGCGGGAAUAGAGUUAAGGCAUCGGCAUAUGCGACUCGGCUCACAGGACAGGGACAGCGAUAGUCGGUCCUACGUUAGGAGAUUACACACGGUGCAUCAUCAGCGAACAGGCCAGACCAAAUGUGAUAUUCCAAAUGAUAGAAGUUCGGGACAAAUAAGCACUAACUUCGACGACGAUCGAAAGUUUUCUAUAUCAGGAAUGAUGUCGCAAAUCAAGCGAAGCAUACCAGAUCUUAGAUCAAACAGACAUCAACCAUUGACCAGCACCUGUGCUUCUCCAAACGAAAGUCCCAAGAGUUCGCACAAGCACAGUCCACCCAGUGAUCUGCAAUCGCCGAAGGACACGGUGACGCUGAGUGCCAUCAGCCAGCGAGGAUGUGCCUGUGGUCCCAAGGAUCAGGGAGGAGGUGGUGGUGGUGGUGGACCAGGAGGUGGAAGCAUGGGUGCAGGGGGAAUUGGAUCCGGCAUUCGACCUGUCAGCAUAUCCGGUCCGGUAGAUUUGAGUAUCAAAAGUCCCGAGGAGGACGCCUAUCAACAUAUGGCUCCACAUAUGGCGACGAGCAGUGGAAUCCGAGGGGAAGGUGUGGGUGGAAGCAGCGGGAUGGGCAGCGGAAGUGGGAAGGAUGGUUGCAGCGAGCACACGUAUCAACGUAGGGAUAAUGUAGGAUCCGUAACGAAUCAAUUAUCCGAUCUAACGAUAAGACUAGACAACCUGGAGGGCAGCCUGAAGAAGGACAUCCGAACCAUCCUGGACAUCCUGCACCAGCAGCAGCAGAUGCAGUUGCAGUUCCACCAGCAGCAGUUGCAGCAUCAGCACCAGAUGCAGCAGCAAGCCGGCAAGACGGCCCUGUCCUCGUAUCAACCGUCCGAGAGUGAUUUCUCCUUCGACAUGUGCCCGAUGAUGGGUCCGGGUGAUGCGGUCAUCAGCAGCGGGGGUGUGGUGGGCAUGAUGGUUCCGGCCGGAGGGAUAGGUCCCGGGGGCAGCGGAAUGGCCAAGCUAGCUCAAGCCCAGCAGCGGACCAACGUGCAGCGGUCCGUCUCGCAGCCGGAGUGCGCCAACGAGAAAAGCCUUUUCAAGUGCUCAAAGUUUUCCUCUUUUAAUCAAGCAAUGGACGAUGCGCCGGAAGGUCACAAUUGGAACAUUUUCGCGCCAAUUGCCAAGCUCGAAUCAUUGGAUGAAAUUGAUCAGGAUAGUAAACAAUCCAUCAGCCAGGACAAGCCUCAAUAACGUAUAGCGUAAGAUCGAAAACCGUUCAAAGAAUCAUCCCGUAGGAUAGUUGUCGGAAGAUGGGCGCUUGACGGAAGCAUCGAUUCGUCAUCCGUCACACACACAAACAAACGCAUAGCUGCAGCCAUAGCCCAUAGGGAACGUCAUCGUUGUCGACCGGAAGUGGAAACGAUCAACCAUAAAGCGGAAGAAGAACAAAAAAAACUUUAAAGCUCCUCUUCAGUCUGGAAUGAACCAGCCAAAAAAAAAUCUUCGCAGGAGCAUAUAUCGUGACUUGUUACUGUGUACAUACUUUUAUCGCUUGAGAAAUAAUUUCCGAUGUUCACUUUUGAUUCAAUAUUGAACAGAAAAAAAACGCUAGCCGCAACAAAAAACAGACAUACAAAAAUGUACAUUUUUCAUAUAAAAUUACAAGAACACAAUUUAUACGCGAAAUAUCAACCGAUUUUUACGAACAACAACGCUGAUGCUACAAAUACAAACACAAACGAGAGAAAAAAAAGGAAAAAAAAACAAACACGCAUAGCUGAGAUAAAGUGAUUUAGGAGACAAAAAAACAAACAAAUGAAUGCAAUUUAAACCAAAGGGAUUAGGUACAUUAAACAAAAAAAGACAAAACAAAUCGGAAUAUGCGCUAGGUAUAUUUUUAUUUUUCUAAACCAAUCGGUACCAGUUAUUGUUAUCGAAACGUUCCAAAACAAAAAAAAAGACAAACACGCAAUCAUGAAUCGGGAUAGGAGAAGAUGAAUGGAACGGAUUCGGUCGGAUAGGAUGAAAAAAGGAAGGAGCCGUAGGAGGUUUGAGUAGAUCAGAGCAACAAAAACUAGAACAUUUACCUUUAAGUAUUUUAAUUUUUCAGUACGAUGAUUAAGUUCUCAUCGUUCUCCCGCCAUAGGCGGAUUAUUCGAAUUACAAAACCAAAAAACCAACAAAACUCAACUUCUGCUCUUAGAUCGCAGUUUAUUUUUAGAGAAAUACUAAUACUCAAACUAAUUACAAACAUAUGGUUAUGUACUUUAAGAUUAAUUGAAACGAAACAUUUCAAGCGAAGGCGCAACGCAAAAAGCAAAGCCGUACUAAGUUAGAGUCAAUUUGUUUUAGCAAAGUUGAACAGUACUACGCUAUUGUUCAAAGUUGAUUAUUUUCCAGCGUGCAGCGGAAAACUAACGUUAGCAGUUCAAAACCAAACAGUUUUGGGUUUCAUUUUUAGAGGAAACAAGGGUAGACUUUUAGAAAAGCUUAAACUAAAACUAAACAAUAGACAGGAAAGGCAAAACAGAGGAGAAGAUUCCUUAAAACAAACAAAAAACAAACAAAACAAGCAGCACGUGUAUCGAAAUUGACAGAGAAAAAAAGCAAACAAAGCUUGAGCUGAACGAAACAUUUACAUUUUACACAACCAUUUCCAGUUACACAAACAUUCCAAUCGUCCCCAAAAUCAAAGAUAAAUCGAAAACAAAAGCAUCUUUAAAAUGUAACUUCUUACCUUUACCAUUUUACCUGUUUUUGUUGUUAGGUAAAUCUAUGAAAAAUACAAAUGAAAAAAACACAAC